CGUCUAGGUAUUUCGUAUGUCCAUGGUUGCAAAUAAGAACCUGUUGCUGAACUCGUGAUUAAAAUAAUUUAGAACAAAAACAUGUUUUGGUAUAAGAAAGUGACUUUUUUGAAUUGUUUCUAUAAAAUUCAAAUGAUAAUUGGAUAUUUCUAUUUGUGUGUGAAUGCUGGAAAAGUUAAUGAUAACUGUCAAUGCAAUAAAUUGAAUCGACAAUUAAUUUUUAAUUUCCGGGAAGGAUAUUGUAGUGUAAAUAACAGAAAAUUGGACACAACUAAUAUAAUAGAAAAGCAAAUAGAAAAAAUGAUUAAAAUUAACGCCGGUACAUAUUUCAUAGGAACAAACAAUCCAGUUUUCGUAGCCGACGGAGAAGGACCAAGACGCGAAGUAGUAUUAAAUAAUUUUUACAUAGACAAAUUUGAAGUGAGUAAUAAAGAAUUUAUGGCUUUUGUAAAUGCCACUGGAUAUAUAACCGAAGCAGAAAACUUUGGGGAUUCCUUUGUCUUCGAGGACCUCUUGACACAAAGUACAAAGGACAAAAUCAAUAAGGCAGUUGCACAAGCUCCUUGGUGGUUACCUGUAAAGCAAGCCUCAUGGCAACAUCCAGAAGGUCCCAACUCAAAUAUCACUUCCAGAAUGGAUCAUCCUGUUAUUCAUGUCUCCUGGAAUGAUGCAGUUGCUUACUGUAGUUGGGUAGGAAAGAGAUUGCCAACUGAAGCAGAAUGGGAAGUUGCAUGUCGCGGUGGACUUUCUGAUAGACUGUAUCCUUGGGGAAAUAAAUUGACGCCAAACAAUCAGCAUAAAGCUAAUAUUUGGCAAGGAAAUUUUCCUACAGAGAAUACUGAAGAAGAUGGAUACAAAGGCACAUCACCAGUUACAACAUUUUUGCAAAAUAAAUAUGGUUUGCAUAAUAUUGUUGGCAAUGUUUGGGAAUGGACAGCAGAUUGGUGGAUAACAAAGCACUCACAUGAUCGACAUAUAAAUCCAAUUGGUCCUUCUAAUGGUAGUGAUAAAGUGAAGAAAGGUGGUUCAUAUUUAUGUCACAAAAAUUAUUGCUACAGAUACAGAUGCGCCGCGCGUAGUCAAAAUACACCUGAUACGUCAGCUGGAAAUUUAGGCUUUAGGUGUGCUGUAUUAGCUUAAGUAAAGUAUUGAAACUUCGGAGCGCGAGUAUUCAAGUUUGGAAUGUAAAUAAAAAUUAUAUUUUAUUUGUAUAUAUAAAAUGUCUCAAAAAUUAUGUAUACAUAAAUUA